CACUGCUCAUAUUUCUCACCGCUCAGUCUCCUCUCUCUCUUUCUCUCUGUCUGUCUGUCUGUCCGUCUGCAAAACCAUUGAACAGAAAUGAAUUCUAUUGAAUAAUCCUCUUGACAUUAUUAGUAGUGACAAGUACCAAGAAACACAAAUCUCCAACUCCAAAAUAUUCACAAAGGCAAAUUCUUCACGGCCCUUAAGUUGCAUUCCUCAAUUCUCUUCUUCAAGAUCUGCAUUUCCCAUUUUACAGAAAACAGCUUAAACACCAAUCCUAUGAUCCUGAUUCAUGAUUAGCAAUUAACGCAAUGACCAUAACCAAUGGUGGGAUUCACAAAGUGAACACAAAAGGAGGCAUAACAAGUGACAAACCCUUCAAGAUCCUUGUGGGUUAUGAUCCUCGUGAAGAUAUUGCAUAUGAGGUAUGUCGCCAUUCCAUCAUGAAGCGAUCUUCAAUUCCUGUUGAUAUCAACCCCAUCAUUCAAUCAGAACUUAGAAAGAAAAAUCUGUAUUGGCGUGAGAGGGGCCAGUUUGAAAGCACAGAGUUCUCUUUUAGCCGUUUCUUGACCCCAUACUUGGCCAACUAUGAAGGUUGGGCAAUGUUUGUUGAUUGUGAUUUUCUCUACUUGGCUGACAUUAGGGAACUGAGUAAUUUGAUUGAUGAUAAAUAUGCUAUCAUGUGUGUGCAACAUGACUACACCCCUAAAGAGACCACAAAAAUGGAUGGGGCAGUGCAAACUGUGUAUCCAAGGAAGAAUUGGUCUUCUAUGGUGUUGUACAAUUGUGGCCAUCCAAAGAAUAAGGUGCUGACACCCGAGGUUGUAAAUACGCAAACAGGUGCUUUUCUUCAUAGGUUUCAGUGGCUUGAGGAUGAAGAAAUUGGGUCAAUCCCAUUUGUGUGGAAUUUUCUUGAGGGCCAUAACAGGGUUUUGGAGGGUGACACCACAACAUUUCCUAAAGCAAUACAUUAUACUCGUGGAGGGCCAUGGUUUGAUGCAUGGAAGAAUUGUGAGUUUGCAGACUUGUGGUUAAAGGAGAUGGAAGAAUACAUUAACGAGAAUAAGAAGGUUGCUGAAAAUUAGAUUGAAUCAGGCAUCAACUCUGGUAGAAUGUUGUUCUUAAAUUCAUGGUUUUAUUAGUAAAGCUUAUUUGCUUAUGUUUUAUUCAUGUAUUCUAUUAUGAUGAAUUUGUUAUGUGUAUCCUAGUAUGAAGCUUCUCUGGAGAGCUAGCUAUGGAUUUGGUUGCUAGAGUUACCACAUUGGCAUUUCUAGCGUAUGAAAGUCUUGAAUAUGUUUAUUUAUUUAUCACCUCAUUGGGGGUGUAAA